UCCACGGAGCUUGUAUUUACAAGCUCGGAGCAACCGCGGAGCCGCACGGAGGGAGCCGUCUCCGCAAACUCGCUCUGCAUUCCCUGCAGGACUUUGCUGCCGCUUGGGACGGUCAGGAAAACAGCGGGUCCUCCUAGCGCGGCCUUUUAAUGCUUCAAAAAUAAACAGAGGAUAACUCGGGAGGAAAGUUUUAGCUGGAGAGCGUGUUGCAGUGCCUGUGUCUUGUCUCCAGGGCUGUGAUAUGUGUUGACUGAAGCGCUAACUGCAAUGACCCUGGAAACAGAGGGGGAAUUCUUAUAAAUCACAAAGGAAAAUAAAUAACUUCACCCAUGGAGGGAAAGAGACAGCUUGAGAAAAGGGACUUUGGAAAAAGGCUGUCUCUAGACAGCAGUCUUGUGGAAUACAUGGACUCCAAUAAAUACAUUGAGCAUCUGCUAACGCAACUCGAGGAGAAACACAGAAGUCUCUGGAGGGAGAAGCUGGCGGUGGCCCGACUGCAGCGAGAAGUUGCCGAAAGGAGAAGUGAGGGGGCCAUGCAUGAGAAGCUGAUACAUGAAUUGGAAGAGGAGAGACACUUACGUCUUCAGAGUGAGAAGCGGUUGCAGGAGGUAACACUGGAGUCUGAGCGCAGCCGGAUUCAGAUGCGCGGCCUGCAGCAGCAGUUCUCCAGGAUGGAAGAAACAGUACGAAAUCUAUUGCAGAGUCAAGGACCUCCAGAGCAGAAAAAAGAAGACACUGUUAAUAUAAUGGUCUAUCAGGAAACGCUGUCAGAAGAUGAAAGAAAACACAAAGAAGCUUUGGAAGAUCUUCACAUGGCAGUCGAUGAAGACUCGAGGAGCGAAAGCAGCAGUGCGGACGAGGGCAAAGAAAAGACCAAACUGCUGUUGGAAAGACUGAAAGCUCUAGAGGCAGAGAAUUCAGCAUUGGCUUUGGAAAAUGAGAAUCAAAGGGAACAGUACGAGCGAUGCCUCGACGAGGUAGCCAACCAAGUUGUUCAGGCUCUACUCACUCAAAAGGAUCUAAGGGAGGAAUGUGUAAAGUUGAAAACACGAGUGUUCGAUUUGGAACAACAGAACCGAACGUUAAGUAUCCUGUUCCAGCAGCGACUCAGGCCAGCCUCCGACCUGCUCCUCCAGAAACUUCACUCACGCAUCUUAGAUCUUUCAUCCGGAGAUUUGCUAGCAGAGGUGGAACGGAGCCGAAGUCUGACACAGACACGAAGUGAUGUUGAGACGCACGAAUGCCAGCUGAGUGCCAAGUCAGGAGCCCCUGCUUUGAAAGGCCCUGGCGUGGGGGUUGUCCUCCCCGGGCACCUCUGUCCCCGCAGUCGCUGCAGCAGCAGUGAGCUGUCUCUCUCCAGCACCUGCAGCGAGUACUCCAGCGGCUCCUCCUGCACAUGGCACGAUGGGAAGAACCUCAGGAGAAGGGUAAAAGAGACAACUGAAAACCUGCAAGAGGAUGAAGAAGAUACAGUUGUAGAUUCUGCAUUUCAGAGUCACAUCAUAGAGUCCAACUGCCAGAUGAGGACCCUCGACAGUGGGAUCGGCACCUUCCCACUCCCAGACUCGGGGACUCGCUCAGCCGGACGGUACAUAUGCCAGGCAGACCCCUCAGGGGACACCGAGCCCGACCUGUGCCUCCAGCCAGUCCUUUGUGCAGCCCCUUCCAUCCGAGCCCAGACCCUUGAACGAGAAGUGCCUUCCUCCGCCGACAGCCAGGAGUUUGCAGACAAUGCCAUUGUUCACUCCAUGUCCGACCCCACCAUGACUGCCAGGGGGACGCGGCCUCCGCAAAGUCGCCUCCCCAAACCAGCCGCCUCAGGAAAAAUCCAUUCCCAAAAGCAGAAUGACGCCGAGCCACGGCCUCAGACCUGCUCGUCAGUAUGUGCUGAGAACACACUGGCCAGGGAGCUGCUUCCAGACUGGCGGGGUGAAGACCCCCCUGCGGACACCCAGAAAUUGAAACAAGUUGAAGAAACAAAAGAGGAUCCUGAGAAUAGAUUAUCUAAAAUUUCCCUGGAGUCGUUCAAUAAAUAUAACAGCAAUACUGUGAUUUUAUUAGAAAAAGAGAAGAACUCUCCGAACAAGGUUGAAGGACGAAAGGAAGAAAAGGAAAAAAAUGAAGAGGCAUCGUUGAGUAGCUCAGACCGGCCUGGGGUAGACAAUUUGGAAUCUUUGAGUGAUUCCUUAUAUGAUAGCUUCUCUUCCUGUGCAAGUCAGGGUUCGAAUGAUGCAUAAAGGACUUUUUCCCCCCUCAGUGAGCUGGAAAUGGAAAACUUAAGAAACAGGGGUUGGGAGGGGCAGGUAGAGAUGACAACAAUAAACUAUUACAACACCAGAGCCUGCAAUUUCAGGUUCACAGCAAGCAACCCACUGGAGCGUUCUUCUCUGACAGAGCAAUAAAGAUAGAUUCCUUGUGCUGUGUUUCAUAAGGAUUAAAAGUAAACACACCCAUGAUACAGAAGUCUUAAUUUUGCACUUUUAAAAAUAUUUGUACAGAAGUUGUAAAUUUUUUGGAAAAGAAAUUAUAUUUGUAGCAAAAAUAAAUAAAUGGAAUCCGUGCCAUGCUCUUGAAAUGAUGUACUAAGUCUUUUAGAAGUUGAUGAUAAUAUAUUUUUUAAAAUUCCAACUAAAGUUUUUGUCCAGUUCAUCAUCCUAGUGCUUAAAUUGUUUGUGGGUACACUCUGAAAACCUAAAACAGGGCCUGCAAAAACAAACAAACAAAAAAA